AUGUGCCGGACCGCCGUGCAGCGCGUCAUCGACCCUGUUGGCCCGCACCGCCUGACGGGCAAGGUCGUCGAGGGCUUCAAGCGCGGCUCCAAGCAGCUGGGCUGGCCGACGGCGAACCUCGACCCGGCGGCGUUCGAGUCGCGUUUCGACGCGAGCACCGAGGGCGUGUACGUCGGCUGGGCCGCCAUCCGCGACCCGACGUUGCCCGAGGAGGCGCAAGCCGUGCACAAGGCCGUGCUCUCGAUGGGAUGGAACCCGACCUACACAGACCGGAUGAGGAGUCAGUCUGGGCAUGGUGCAUAG